AUGUCGCCUGGUGACGAUUCUGGUCUGGGCGGAGGUGAUCUGGGCAAUGAUGUGGGCGAUGGUCUGGGAGGUGGUGAUCUGGGCGAUGACCUGGGCGGUGAAGAUCUGGGCGAUGAUCUGGGCGGUGAAGUUACUGGUGAUGAUCUCCCUCUGGGCGAUGAUGCUGAACUGGAAGAAAUUGAUCCAGCGGAUGUAUAUACACUUGAUGACUUGCUUGCCGAGGAUGAAAAACUAGAAGCUUUCCGAAUAAAGAUUGGCGGUAAAUUGAAGGCUAAUAUUCGUCGUCAGCGUGAAAGUGGACCGCGGAGGUACAUACCUAGACCUCGAGAAGGUGGUCAUGAUGAUCUUAUUGUCAACUAUUUCUCUGCAAAUCCUAUCUAUACUGACGAGCAGUUUCGAAGAAGGUUUCGGAUGAAUAAGCCUCUGUUCCUACGUAUAGCUAGAACUCUCAGUGAUUGGUCUCUCUUUUUUACUCAAAGAGUGGAUGCUACUGGUCGAGGUGGCCACUCACCUCUUCAAAAGUGUGCUGCAGCCAUUCGAAUACUAGGAUAUGGCACACCGGCUGAUGCACUUGAUGAGAUACUGAAGAUUGCGGCGAGCACAUCUUUGCAGUGCCUAGGAAAAUUUGCGGAAGGGGUAAUUGAAUGUUUUGGUGGCGAGUACCUCCGUCCUCCGAGAAGUGAUGAACUAGAGAAAAUUCUAUAA